AUGCAAUUCAAAUGGACCGCUUUCCUCCUUGCCAGCCAAGUGGCAGCAGUCACCCAACUAACCAACGAUGAAAUGCAAUCCCUCCUCAAUGCAGGCGGACUAGACCUAGCAGACCGCUACGCACCAAUCUGGUUCUUCGGCCAAGCCCAGAACCAACCGCCCUGCUACCCAACCUGGGCGUUUGGCGGCUCACCCACGACACACGAUGUAUACGACGACGCCCACAAGACGCCCGCAGCAGCACAAUGCGCUUACCCCGAUGUCGGAUGUCAUUGUCGGAAUCCGGGCGUUGGUAUUGGAAAUGCUGGGCCGGCUUUCCCUGUUUAUUAUACAUACCAGCAGUGCAAUGAGAAUGAAGUGCGCGUUGUGUAUAACCUCUUUUAUGAGAAGGAUGGGGCGGAGUUUAUUGGGAUUCAUACCGGACAUGACUACGAUUGGGAGCGCGUGGUGGUCAUCCACUCGAAGGAUAGCAAUGAUAGGUGGGCUCCAUCGCGUGCACUCCUGUCCGCGCACAGUGGUUAUCAUAACCUCGCCUGGGGUGAUAUCCAGAACACAUUGACAACCGACGAGGUUAAUGCAGGCGAUGCGAAGGACCCCAAUGGGGUGAAGAAUAAUGACCAUCCGAAGGUGUAUGUGUCGUGGUCGAAGCAUGCCAACUUCGACACGCGCAACACAGGGUGGAAUGAUCCGGCAAGUCAAUCACUAGAGGACGCAUUCCGCAGUCAGGAUUGGUGGUAUUUCGUUGAUCCUCAGUAUUAUAUCCGAGCCGAUGAUAGUACAGAUGCUGGCAAGGCCAUUGGAGCUGCAGAUUGGGGGAGUGCGAGUAGUAACCCCCCCUCUGUGCAGUCUGGUCUCUGUGAUGCUUCGUAG